UGCGUCACGGGCAGGUUUCGUGACUGGAUGCUGCCGGCGAGAGCCAUGGUGCCGUGGGUGAUGCUUUAGAGCGGGCGCAGCCUGGUCUUAAAUAUGUUAAGACUCGAGGGCAACUUACAAAGACGAAGAGACUCGACCGCGGCGAUGACACCAUUCCCUCUUCACCUACCAACUACUCCUUCACUUUCCACCUACCUGAACUACAACUUUCAUGAUGAACGUCUACACCUUCCUCAUUAGCCUCGUGUUGGCUUUCAGCUGCCACGCCGCUGCGAUCUCGACCAUGUCGACCGACAGCAACGACGCUACCUUCACUGCUACCGCCAUCGUGACCAACUCUGAGACCAACAACUCGGUCAUUCAGUGCUGGAAGUUCUUGACUCCUCUGUCGAAGUUGGAAUCCGGUGACGCUGCCGGUGCUUUGACGCUGUCUUUUACUUUCUCCAGCCUUGGCUCGCAGUACACGGUCACUCCGCCGCGCUUCGACGCCGGUGUCCAGAAUGCCCCCGCCCAACAGUUUGUCUACAUCGCGUCAGGCAAGGUUCGCUUUACGCUUCCUCACUCCACUGGCUACGAUGACCAGGCCUGGAUCAUGGGUGGCUCCAACGGCCUGAUUGUCAUCGGUGACAUGAUGGGAAGUGGCCAUAAAGAGCAGUAUCCGAGCGACGAACCCACCAUCAGUCUUCAGCUGCCGUUCCUGAACGAUAUCGCCCCGAACCACAACGUCUUGCACAGCGGCCCUUGCAACAAGACUUACAACCAGUCACAGCUUACUUCCGACUAG